GGAAAUUUGGCACUACUGUUUCAGAACGUGUGAGCACGUGUGGUCAGACCCCUCUCAGAAACUUAUGUUCUUCUUCUGCAAAGCGUAAAUUAAAGCACCAUCAAACUCCUCUCUCCUUCUAUUUUCUUAGGUUUUGCUAGGAAAAGGAAACUCAGGUCUCCUCUCUGCCACUUAUUUUAAUGAACUCUGCUUUCUCCUCAACCUGAUCUUUAGAUGUCUCCUGUAGUAGUAAUAGUAUGGUUCUCUCUUCUUCUACCCAUCAUGUAACUUUCCCGAGAAAAUCACCCAAGAAACUUAAAUCUCCUUCUCUAAUGGCGGCUAGCUGUUUUUCUUCUCUGUUCUGGUGGUGCAGUUUGUUCAAAAAUCUCCCAGGAUUUUCUCUUUGAGAGUGUCGAGUGAAAAAAAUUCCCAGUUUGUGAUUUCUAGGGCCAUUUAUCAAUUCUCUUCUAGGGUUAAUUUUAUGGAUGACUUGUACAGGUUUGGUGAUCCUACAAUAUCAUGUUCUAAUGAUGAUAAUAUUGUGAGGGUUCAUGAAGGUUUCCCGGGAGAUUUCGCAGCCGCAGGCUGUGGUAGUGGUUUUCAUGGCCCGGGUGACAGUCUCCUUCAAUUCAACGGAGGGGCCGACUCAGAUGUCGCCGGAUCGGAUAUGUCCGAUCUGCUCAAGACCCAGAUCGCCAGUCACCCCCGUUAUCCAAACCUAGUUUCUGCAUACAUAGAAUGCCAGAAGGUCGGAGCACCGCCAGAGCUGGCAUCUCUUCUGGAAGAAAUUGGCCGGGAAAACCACCCAAUAAGUGGUUAUAACGAGAUAGGAGUUGAUCCUGAGCUUGAUGAGUUCAUGGAAUCAUACUGUGAGGUUCUUCGCAGAUACAAAGAGGAACUGUCGAAGCCGUUCGAUGAGGCGACAACUUUCCUUAGCAACAUCGAAUCACAAUUAAGUAAUCUUUGUAAAGUAACUUUGACAAAAACAUCGGAUUAUCGAUCUGAUGAAGCAGGAGGCUCAUCAGAGGAAGAGUUGAGCUGUGGGGAGGUGGAUGUUAGGGAAAGUCUAGAAUCUUCUAGCAGCGCUAGCCGUGCUGGAAAUCAGGACAUCAAAGGGAUGCUUAUGAAAAAAUACAGUGGCUAUCUUAGCAGCCUGAGAAAAGAUUUCUUGAAGAAAAGAAAGAAGGGUAAGCUACCAAAAGAUGCAAGGAUGACACUACUCCAAUGGUGGAACAAUCACUACAAAUGGCCAUAUCCCACGGUAAUUGCACCUGGCAAAAUCUUGUUCUUUUAUCAAUUCUCCUUUUUUAAUACAUAAGAGGUUAGCUGCUAACCAUGGCAGAUGUUUGGAAUUUGGAUAUCUGAUCUUGACCAAAAUCGAGGUUUUAUAGUUUGAGUAUCAACUCGACAGAACUAAACUGUUAUGUAGAAUAGAAUAUGGUCAACAUAAGUCAAGUAAUUAGCGUUGAGUCUUGGUGCAGUUUAAUGUUAGAUUUGUCUUUUGGAAAAUUUUCAUUGUUAUUGGUGCAGGAAGAGGAGAAACUGCAGCUAUCAGAGAUGACCGGACUGGACCAGAAGCAAAUAAACAAUUGGUUCAUAAACCAGAGGAAGAGGCACUGGAAGCCAUCUGAAGACAUGAGGUUUGCACUUAUAGAAGGUGUAAGUGGCAGCCAUAUUGGAGGAGGCUCUAUGUUCUUUGAUAAUGGGGGUCAUGGAACCUUCGGAACUGAUCAUGAUGCUUAAGUAUAUAUUUUCUUUUCUUUUCUUUUUUAUAUAUAUUAAAAAAUAGAGAAUGUAUGUAGUUAACUCUGAAAUAACCAAAAAAUUGUUAAUUAUCCCAGUCUCUCUUCUGUGGAGUUUUGCUUGGUAUAUUAAUUAUUGAGGCUAUCUCUCAUGGAAGAAUGUAAUUAUUGAGAUGGUGAGAACUCGAACUCAUUUAAUUACUAAAUGAACUAAGCUUGGAGCU